AUGAAAUCCAUCUUUGCUCUCACCUUCUCUUUUGUUCUACUGGUCAAUCAAUGUAAGUUAUUACAUCCAUAGUAAUGUAAUGUAAAAUACGGCUUAUGGUAUAUGUUAUAAUUAUUGUUUCUAAAUUCUAACUACUAGGUUGUUCAACUAAUCCUGUGCUUCCUCUCAAAUUUAAGUUUUGGUGUUAGGGGCACAGAAUUAUAUGAACAGCUUCAAUUACAAAAAAAUUCUAAAAAUGUCAUUUUAGACACAAUCGCCUUCCCAAUCGAAGCGUCACAAAUCCGCCUUGAACAGCUUCUGAGUUCAGAACCCAAUCUUGAUGCUCAGCUGCGCCGACUAGAUAUGUUAGCUGAUAGUUCACUUCGGUUCCGGCGAGCCGCGCCAGACUUGAGAUGUAAAGGCGGAGAAUGCAUCGUCCCUCGAUCAAUACGACAAAUCCUACCUUUUGUAUAA